CCUCUUUCCCCCAUCACCCAGCCUCCCGAGCUCGGCGUUCCCUCCCCAGGAACCCUCCUCCCUUGUGCCGACCUCUGCUCCCAGUGCCACACUGCACACCAUGCCCCGUGCACGGAAGGCUGCCAUCACCCCAUCCGCGAGGGCCACCACCCCCUACACGCGGAAACUCGAAGAUAAACCUGUUGACUCUGAGAAAUGGCCCUGUCUCGUAUGUUCGCGGGAGCUGAGUAGGUGCGCGGACGUCCCUCGUCACGUCAACGGGCAUGUCAACAGUUUAAUGUAUGACUGUCCGUGGCCCGAGUGCGCAAAACUAGACGCACAAUUUACGAACAUGAUGACCCAUUUCGAUGCACAUGCAAAGAUUAAAAGGCGCAGCUGCAAAGAAUGUGGUCGUUACGCCACAGACCCCGCGACAGUGUCCCGCUGCUCCCACAAAGGAAAGAAGCGGAGAAAGGCGCGUAGCACUCCCGAGUCGGAGCCCUCUUCGACAACCUCCGUGGCGUCCGCCAGCUCCUCGCGGGCCGAUGUUUACGACGACCUCCAUGAAGAUCCCGUCGCAGGUCCCAGUAACCAACAGCCAUCCCACGGCCCCGAACCCUUCCUUCAUAGCUUCGACGGCUUCGAAUACGCCUUCGCCGAAGAAGCUGAGCCGCAGUUCUUCGACGCUGGCGAUCAGAACGGGUUUUGGGCCGCGCCCGAGGCACCUUCCGCUCGCCACGACAUCCCCGCCACCUAUGCGGCAGCGCCACAGCCCGCCGCACAGCCCGACUGGGUCCCCGACGUGCAGCCUCACCUCCCUCUCGCGUUCCCGCCCCUGGAGGAGGACUUCGAACGUGAAGACGUCUUCGUCGACCUCAAUGAGGUCCAUGCACCAGCGCCACUGCCGGCCGGACCUUACGUUCAGGACCCUCUGCCCCCGUUCCCGCAAUUCGAGGCCGAUGUUGAGCGGGCCAAUGCAUAUGUCGACCUCAACGAGGUCCAUGUGCCGCCCCCGCCGCCCGCCUACGCGGACGUCGACCCUGCCCUGCAGCCGCCGGCCGACAACAUGGUCUUCUUCCCGGAGUUACAUGGCCACCUCUACGAGCCGAUGAUCAACAACUUUUAUGAUGUCACACGGCACGUGGCCGUGUACAUGGACCCGCGCGAGGGCAUCCCCAGGAUGGAGCCCGAGUUCGACUUCUACUACGCGUACAUGCCCAACGGCGAGGGCUUCCUCCUCGACUUCGUGCCGAGCACGUCGCCGAACUUCAUUCACGCGGCGGAGGUCGCGCAGUGGCUCGAUGCUUCGUACGCGUGAGCUUCGGACCCGUCACCCCCCUAUGCAUCUCUCAUUUCUCGACACCCUGCAUCAGUCUCUUCGCGCCCGGCAUACAUGUACAUUUCUCA